AAUCAAAAAGCGAUGUCAUAAGUAUCGAUGUCAUUUUUUUUUAUUCGACAUAACGCGGAUUAAAAAAAUUGUAUUCCAUAAUAUAUCACAAAAAGUUUGAUCAAAUAUGGCUAGAACGCUAGAAAUCAACGCACAAAGACAACGUGUAGAGGAAGAUAUGGAAAUAUUGGCUGAUAGUUUUGGUUUAAUAUUAAUAAAUGUUUCCAAAGGCAGGUUGGAUUUUUAUUGUGACACUUGUCGUGAAAAGUUCGAGAAUGUAGAUAAUUUUAGUGAGCAUGUAAUUAAAGAACAUGAUCAUGAGUUGCAAGAACCUGAAACGAAAACUUUACAUGACGAUAAGUGUAUAGUAUUAAGCAGUGAAAGUGAUGAGGAUGAAGAAAAAGUUCACAAGAAGAUUAAAAAUGCACGUGAUCCAUUAGGAACUAAUGGAAAAGUUCAAAGACUGCAACAAGGUGAGAAUGAGCUUAUAACAUUAAGUAGUGAAAGUGAUAUGGACGUAGAAGAAAUUCGUGACGAGAUUAACAAUGAACGUGAAUCAUUGGAAAUUAAUGACAAGGUUGAAGAAGUGCAACAAUGUGUACAAUUUGUCGAUGCCAUUCCAGUGGACCAAGAUGGAAGGGUUAACCGUGCUUUUCGUGUUCAGGCAAGGAAAUUAUAUUCGAGAUUGAAUAAUACUCAUUAUGUUAAUGAAGUUGUUGGAUCGAACGCUAGGAUACACCCGGAAUUGGAUAAUACUCUUAACGAAAAUGUUACAAGUUUCACCAGAUUAAUUCAAAUUGCUCAUGAGAUGUGGAAGAAGGAUGUGGAGGGGGAUGGUAGUAACCGUGAGAGUAAUGCUUCGCAAAUAGUUGGAACUAACCAUCAAGGUACACAAGACGAUUUAGUUCAACGGGUAGAAAGGAAUAUAUUUAAAAACUCUACUGAUAAAGUCUAAGAAUUAUUUAGCAUAUAAUUUUUUUUAUAUUGCUAUAAUAUUUAACCAACCAGUGCAACUCACCAGAAUAUUCAGAAUUAUUAAUUUAACUUAUAAUUCUGUAUAUAACACCUAUAUUUACAUAGUUCAUAAUCAUUCACAAAUACUCACAAAAUGUUAGUAACCUUGUUGUAUUAAUUAAUAUUCUAGGAAUAUAUAAACAACAGAGUUAAUUUAAAUUUAGAUUUUAUACAUUAAUAUCAUAUGGAGUGCG